GCCCGUUUGUGUGCCUCAGGUUUUACUUUCACUUGUCUCCUCGAGCUGCCCCUCGCUCUCCCAGGCUCGUGCGGUGCAGGAGGCUCCUUUCCCCCAGCACCGAGGCUCCCGAGCUGCCGGGUGCGAUUCCGGCUGCCACCAAGGACCAGUUGGCGGGCAUGGCCCUAAAUCUCAUCUCCAGCUUCCUUCGCAGGUGUCUGGCUUUCAUGUUUCUUUCUCAUCGGGCUGCGAAGGCAGCUGGAAGUAGAGGCAGCCGAGCUGCUAGCAGAGAGUGUUACACAGGAAGUGAAAAACGGAGAGGGGCCGUUGGGAAUAAGAGACAUGCUGGCAGGCUGGAAGCAGCCGCGCAUCGGCAGGAGGAGGCAGGGAUCCCGCUGCUCUCCUGGACCAGCUAUUGACCAGGUCUCGAGCAAAGGGAGGCCUGGGCAGGACGCAGAAGGAACCUAAGGGGCACUCAGUUAGCCCAGGGCACGCGGUGAUAGAGGACCAGAGGCUGGAGACAGGAGAAGAAAGACCCUCUGCGCAGUCACUUUCAGCCGCUCGGCCUGGACAGGACCCCAGGUGGAACCCAUGAACUUCGCUGAAGGAGCCUCACAAUGACAGAGGAAGCAUGCAGGACACGAAGUCAGAAACGAGCCUUAGAACGUGAGAUAACGCAUAACGAUGUGGACAGUAAAAAACUAAAAAUGGAGAAAGGACUAUUAGGAGCUGAUAUAACUGCUGAAGGCGACAUGAAAAUAAAAACGGAUCCUGGAGCUGGAAAAGUGCAAGGAUUAUUAAAAAGUGGAGAGGUGAAAGCAACCAUUAAAGUGGAGGUUCAGACGGGAGAUGAGCCUGUGGACAUGAGUACUUCAAAAAGUGAAAUAAAGAGAGAAAAGAGAGUCCCCUCACCAGACGUUAUAGUGUUAUCGGACAAUGAACCUUCUAGCCCUAGAAUGAAUGGUUUAACAAAAAUAGCAUUAAAAGAGACCAACACGGAGGCACUCAUGAAAAGCAGUCCGGAGGAACGUGAGAGGAUGAUUAAACAACUAAAAGAAGAGUUACGGUUAGAAGAAGCAAAACUUGUUUUAUUGAAAAAGCUACGGCAAAGUCAAAUCCAGAAGGAGACCACUACUCAGAAGCCUGCUGGUUCCUCUGGGAGUGCUGUGGCCACCCCUCCGCCCUUGGUGCGGGGCACGCAGAGUGUUCCUGCUGGCAAGCCGUCCCUGCAGACCUCUUCUACACGUAUACCGGGCACUGUUAUUCCUCCUCCGUUGGUCCGUGGUGGGCAGCAGACUUCUUCAAAACUAGGAACUCAGCAAAACACACAGAUAGUAAUGCCACCUCUUGUCAGAGGAGCGCAGCAAAUCCACAACAUCCGACAGCACUCCAGCACGGGGCCACCUCCGCUGCUGCUGGCGCCACGGGCAUCGGUCCCCAGCGUACAAAUUCAGGGGCAGAGAAUUAUCCAGCAGGGUCUGAUCCGUGUCGCCAACGUUCCCAAUACCAGCCUGCUUGUCAAUAUCCCGCAGGCCUCUCCGACUUCAAUCAAAGGUACAACUGUGACGUCUGCUCAGGCGAACGCUACUACGACCAGCGCUGCUUCUAUCGUCAACUCCAACGACUCGCCAGCCAGCCGGCAAGCCGCUGCCAAGCUCGCCUUGCGGAAGCAGCUAGAGAAGACGCUGCUGGAGAUCCCUCCUCCCAAGCCGCCUGCGCCAGAGAUGAACUUCCUGCCGAGCGCAGCUAAUAACGAAUUUAUUUACUUAGUUGGGUUGGAAGAAGUUGUGCAGAAUUUGCUGGAAACUCAAGGUAAAGUUUCAGUUCCUGUAUCAUCUCGCGAGCCCUACAUGUGUGCUCAGUGUAAGACUGACUUCACCUGCCGUUGGAGGGAGGAGAAGAAUGGAACCAUUAUGUGUGAAACCUGUAUGACAUCAAAUCAGAAAAAGGCCUUGAAAGCUGAGCACACUAACCGACUGAAGGCUGCCUUCGUAAAAGCACUGCAGCAAGAGCAGGAGAUUGAGCAGAGGAUACUGCAACAGACUGCGUCUCCCGUACAGACCAAGUCAGACCCCAUAGUGCAGCACCACUCGCUCAAGCAGACUUCUAGCCAGAUGUCUCGAGGCCCUGGAGCUCCACGGGGAGUGUUGCAUGCAUUUAGCCAGUCACCCAAGUUGCAGAAUGCAUCGUCUGCAGCAGCACUUGGGAGUAGGCCAGGUAAGCAUGCUGAGAGGCCUGUCAGCAAGGGCAGCGCUGCCGCCUGGAAGAAGACUCCCAUCAAUACAGGUGGGGCUUUACCUUUUGUUAAUCCUAGUUUAGCUGUGCACAAGUCGUCUUCAGCAGUAGAUCGCCAGCGUGAAUAUCUCCUGGAUAUGAUUCCCCCACGGUCCAUCCCACAGUCCGCCACGUGGAAGUAAUGCAGAGGAAUACCCAAGAGGAAGACUUUCCUGUUUCUGCCAUCCUUUUUAUACCACAUGACAGUGGAAUCUGCUUUAAUCCCAGCUGGAUAUGCCCCAGGCUUUAUAGGAUGCAAGAAGACCACUCCUCAUCCCAUCGAGUGCUGCUGUCCCUGCUAAGAGAAAAUGACACCACGUGGGUGGGAAAGACUUGAGCUCAUUUGGUUAUCAGAUUCUUGUGAUUGACUGAUGAUGAAGGCUGUCAGGGAAGGGGAAGAAUUCUUUUUUUUUUUUGGCUUUAUGUAUUUAGUUUGGAUUUUUUUGUCACCAGCACAAAAGGAGGACUAAAUGACUCUCUGCCUUUGGUUUCUUUUAUUAAUAACUACCCAUUCACCACGAACGCGGUGUUCGUUCGCCGUCAAGCAUGGAUGUCAGCUCAAGGAGAGAGGAAUUUCAACCCGAUCUUGCAGAUGCAUUUAGUGAGCCGAGUUCAUGUUUGCUUUUCUUCCCUGCCCCUCCUCCAGCCAGGAAGGCAGUCUACAGAUUAUAAUGUUUUAAUGAUGAGCUAAUGAUAAAUAAGUGCAAACUCAAAUUCCAGUUGAGUAUGUUUUUUCUAAGGGACUGGCUACCACCAAAACUUGUCUGGUAGGUGGGAACCAGUGCAGGAGUCUCUCACUUUUGUUGGAUUCUGUUUUGAAUAGACUUUGAACUGUUGGUAGCCUAAAAUCUAAUUUACUGAAUAGACAAACACCUUUGUUCAGUCUUUCUAAUUCAGCGAAGAGCAGUUGGGCCUUUCAUAUGUUCCCAGAGACUUAAAAGCGAAACUGUUUUUUGAUUAUUUUCAUUUUGGAGAGGUUUAUCGUUUUGAGCAAUUUUACUCAAAAAAAAAAAAAAAAAAAAAAAAAAAAAACAACUAGGAAUUCCGGAAGCUGCACGCAAUCAGAAGGGGCGAGCGGAGGGUGCGGAGGAGCGGGAGGCCGCGGUCAGGUAGCGGGCUCCAUCCUCCGGUGGCCGUCGCUCCUGGUCGUGCUUGGUGGCCGGGCACGCGUGGGGCAGGACCGCCCGAUCCCUCCCGAGUUCCGUUCUUCCAGGCGUACCAAGCAUGCUCUUCUGUCCGUCACCGCAGUAUUUCAUUUUUGAUAGAGCUUUAGGUAACCCUGCUUUAAGGACAGGUUUCUACGUGGUUUUAAUACGUGUCGGGGAUUCCACAGGUUUCAGCCCAAAUCCAUCAGGUCCAGUUGUUUCUCUUCUCGUCAUCCUCUCUCCUUCUUCCCUGUGCUUCUCCCAAAUUAAAGUUGAAUUUAAGCGGCAGAAAUACAUGCCUUACUACUUAUGUUGCAUAUCAGUACUAGAAGUAGUGCUGAUGAGAAUUAUUUGCAAAAUUAUAUAUAUAUCUAUAUAUCUAUAUAUAAAAGAAAAGGGGGGAGGGGGUACUACUCAGUCUCUAUGCUGAAUCUAUUUUCUUAGCAGUUGCCGUUAGAUCGAACUAAACCGUUAACUGUGUAGGGUUGUCCCUCUUCAGAUCUAACUAUUGCAUAGUGAAAACGAAAACUCAUUCAUUUUAGCCCCUGUUCUGUUGUGUGAAUAUCAAUAUUAGAUACUUUGGAAACUGUUCGGUAGUCUAGAAGACCUAGUUUUUGCAAAAUGGUAUUUGUUGCUGUAUAAAGCCCUAGAAUUUCAAUUUGACUUCUUUUUUUUGGUUUGUUUUACAAAUGUAUAUUAAGAGCUAAUUGGGGAUGAGAGGAAUUGUUUUGGGUUUUUAAUUUUUCUUUUCAUUCCAAGAUAUUUUGGACUGGGAGAUGUGGAGAGAGAAAUUGAGUGCAUUUUAUUUUUGCACUUUGAAAUAUUAACGAAAUUGUUUCAGUUCCUUACGCGUGUGGAGUUUCCUUGUUUUUUUUCUCUCUUCUGACAAAUGCCUGCAUUAUCUCAUCACUGCUACAGAUGUCCAGUACUGUUCAAUGACCUGGGAAGAGUGCAUUUGUUUAAAAAGAAAAAGCAAAACUUCUCAAAGUAAAAUUCAAAUGCCUUUUGGGGAAGGCUGGGUAAUUUCUUAGUUUGUUUUUUUUUUUUUUUUUCCAGUGUUGGGGUGUAGCUUCAGCUGAUGCUGGAAAAGGGGGAAUGGAAAGAGGGGCGGAAGUAUUAAAAGAGCCUGUUUUAAAAGGUAUGUCAAAACCUGUUUGGAUACUGCCAGUUCAGCGCAGCAGCUUGUAAAUCUGAAUUUCAGCACAAUGGCUGAAAGAGGGGAGGCUGGAAGUCUUAAAAUGAUGAGAGAGACUUGGGGUAAGGUACAGAACUGAAAACAAAAACGAGCCUGCACAUACAGUCUUACAAACGUUGCUCCCUCAGCAGUGCUAGACCACAAUUAGCUUCCACAUAACAUACUACAAAGCCCCCCAGGUCCUAUUUUAUGCAUCGGGGCAGAAUUGUUUCAAAGGCUUUCAAAGUGAGCAGAAAACAUUACCCAGAUAUUAGGCCAUUGGGAUCCAGACCAGUUUUGACAUCGUUUUUAAUCUGUGGUUCUUGGAGUGUUGCAGGUAACGUAGAGUAAAUAUUUAUUGCAUAUGUGUUUCUGCGAAGUUCUAGAUAAGUACACCAGGAAGACUUGAGUGGUAUUCAUGUGUUAAAUGCCAGAAGAGUUGCUUCUUCCUUUAUAGUCAGAAUUGCGUAUUCAGUUGAGUAGUGUUUAACCGGGCUAGUUAAGGUAUCAUGCUAGGUUUAGGUAGUUGUUAAAACACUUGCUGCAGUCUUUCCAGAUCUUCUCCUCUUCCCCAUCUGUAUGUUACCCUUCCUGAGGGGAAAAAUAAAAAAUAAAAAAAAAAAAGAAAAGGAAAGGAAAAAAAAAGUCAGGAAAGCUCAAUUAGAUUGAAUAUUCAAAAUAAUGGUGUUAUGGCCUAAAGGUUGAAUUGUUUGGGAAUGGUGGAGGAGGGGAGUUGAGACACUUUAAAGAACAAACCCUUGGUUUCUUUGUACUGCUGUCACGUCUGGGAUUCCUGCCACCCUAAGGGCUACUAGUUCCUCUGCAGAGCUGCCCGCGCAGCGUGCGGGCUCUCGAAGAAAAGCCGCGUCACCAGCCCGCUCCUGGAAAACACCAUUUUACUUAAAGCUCCCUCAGAACAAGAGACCGACCGUCCUGCUCGACGGCCUGCGUGUACGGCGGCGGCGUUCGGGCGGAACAGGCGGCAGCGCGCCCCGGCUCCUGCUUCCCCGACCCUCCACUGCUUCGCUGCAAACUGCUGCAUGAGCUGGUUUGACAUUGCUCAGAUGCUGCUUGCUUCCCCCCUCUCCUGGGGAGAGGGUUAGAGCAGCGUUGGUUCUUGCAAGCCAUAUAACCUUUCUUUGAGACGUUGCAACUACAAGAUUUUAUAAUACAGUAAUAAUGAGAAAUGACUAUUGUACUUAGAUUUUAGCAACUUGUGAAAUAAACCCCUGAUUUUCAUUUGAACCAGUGUUGCGAUGUGGGAGCUGUGUGGUUUUUUAAUUUUUAUUUUUUUUAUAUAACCUAAUUUAUUGUCUGUUGGAUUUCUGAGCGCUGGCUAGGUGGCAGAGCUCCGCUCAGAAACACGACGAGUGGCCUGGUUGAUUUAUUUUUGUAGUGCAGCCGACUCGGACAGCUUUUCCAGUUCGUGUAAAGGGUGACUCUGCUAAUUUUUGUACUUGGGAUUCCUGUAAAUGGCAUUCCAGCUGUGAUACCGAGGAAGAUUUUGGUUAAUCUUAAAUUCCGGAUAGGUGGUUGUUUUUUUUUUUCUAUAGGUGUUUUUUAUCAUCAUUUUAGGAACCAUUCAUCUGAAUUGUCAGACCUAAUUAUCACAUUUUUUGCUUACUAAGAAGAAGAAAAAAUUACCAAAGUACAGUUAAGAAUUGAAAAUGGGGGACUUAGGCUGUAGAAGUGAGCAGAACAGAGAAGGCUUAGGCAGGUCUUACCAGAAACCCUAUUUGGCUCAUUUGUCACUUUCUCCUUUUGUAAGGAGGGGGCACAGAAGGCAUUUUUUUUUUAAUAAUAAAAUAUAUAAAUAUAUAAAUAUAUAUAUAUAAUGCAAAAAGACCUCAAGGAACCGCAGUAGUGUUUGUCUGCUUAAGGCAGAGUUACGCUGUAUAUUGCAUUUAGGGAAAUAACUUGCAUUGUGCUUUUUUUAAAAAAAGAAAACUAAGAAAGAAAAGAAUUUAUAAUCAUCUAACAAAGGAGUGUAACAGAGAAACGUUACGCCAGCGCAGGGUAUGUUUUUGUCACUCGUAUUUAUUGUGACUCUAAAUCUUUGAUAAUAAAAUGAAAACUUAAAAAAAAAAAAAAAAAAAUCCCACUAAAACCUGAUAGUCAGUCUCAAUGGAGGAAGAAUCUGAACUCGAUAACUGUACGUUGUAUUGUGAGGGAUUUUUAGUAUUUGAAUGACAAUAAACAAAUGGACAAAC